ACUUUAGAGCACCAUGAAAAUACAUACGUACAUUACAGAACAAACAUAAUGACAUGGCCCUAUAAAACAUAUCCUAUCAUUGGUUCCUUUUAAACGUAAAAAAUAAAACUUCCUAAAAAUUAAUCUAAGGAGUAGGCGUGAAAGCUGGUGAUAAGUAUCUAAAGGAUUUCUUUUCUUUAUUUAAGAUCCUAACGAUUGAUAACUAAAGCGUUUUCCCUAUCCUACUUCUACGACAUUGUAACGAAGAGCUCACAUUACAUUUAUGGCUUGUAGUAGUCAAUGAACUAAAAGUGGUUACUACCUACAUAGCCAGCACUCGCACAAAUACAGUCGAAGCGAUUAAUACGUAGAAUUACAUUGGAAAAUGAAUUUAUCUCUAAGUCGUAUCGUAAGUCACACUAUCUCCAAAGCUUCGGUCAUUUCAUUUCACAUACGUAUCCGAGAAGUGGUGAGCAGGUAUCAUGCAUGGCAGGUGAUACAAAACAAUGAGGGUACAGCAGUCGAACCAUAUAAGUGAACCUAUUCCAUAGGUAAAAGAACUGUUUGUUUGAAGCAAUAAGAAAGGAAAAUCUUAAUUUCUAUUUUUUUAUACGUAUUUUCUAUGUAGCGAAGCCAUCCAAGCAAAAUCAAGAAACAAAAGUUUGUUUAAUCAAAACUGACUCUACUUUUAGGCAACCGUUUGUUAACUUAAUCUGGUAUCUAGACCAGAUUAAGUUCACACACACAUUCAUAUUAUCCAGGUCAUGUAGGUACUGUACAGGUUUUUGCAGUAGGUUUGCCUUAUCUACCCCUUUGUCAAGGGGGAUAAAAUCACUGUUUUUCUAAAGCACCAGAAAUCCGACAAUCAAUCCGGGUGUGUUGCCAAUGAUGAUGUGUACUGUUAUUCUUCCUGACGUUAUUUCCAGUUACAUCAGGUUUUUACAAUAACCGAUUUCCUUCUUCGCAGCCACUGUAGGGAAUGUUCCUUCGUCUAUUACCUUAGUAACCUUUUUCGAAUUCCAUGGAAAGUAGAUAGAGUAGACUUAUUCUAAAGCGGAAACCACCCGGCACCCGGUACAUGUUCUUAUUUACGUUUCAAGUAAUAAAUAUGAGGGGAAGUAAAUACGAUGAUACUAUUUCUGCAAUCUCCAUAUUGUGUUCGUAUGGCAAGGAGCGUGCGCUAUGGAGGGCCCCCGGUCACCGGUCACCGACAGACGUAUCACAGACGUUGAGCAGGAAACGCGCCCACCGACCCGCCGCUGCUCAGCUCUGUGCGUGACUCGUGACAAACGUGCGGAUAAUAUGGAAAUUAUUUGGAUAAAAUUUUGCAUGCUGCUAGCGCUGUUGAGCAGACAAUCCGCAGUAGCAAACAUAGAGUCCCGUUUGCUUGACACAUCAGCUAACGAGUCGUAUGAAGCAGAUAGAAGAAACCUUAGUAGUAUAGUCUCUAUAUUUUCCCCACGUAUGGAUUUCGACCAGUGGAAACCGUUAACAGGUCGUGGAGAUCCGCUCCGUCAGGACCCCACAUACGAUUACGAGCCACCGCUCCUCGAGCGGGUCCACUACUGGCUGGAUGAUACGAGAAAUGACCGCGAACAUUUUCCAGAAAGAAAGUCAGAAGUUCUCAUGCUUGGUGUCUCUUCACGCCGUCCUAGUCUCGGAUCUCGAAUGCCUCCUUUAAUUCCUAGGAGACAGCCGAGACCGCCGCCACCAGUUAAAUAUGAAGAUUUCGCUUACAAAAUCAGUGACGGUUUUCCCAUGACAAUACUUGUUCCUCCACCACCGCCUCCUCCACUUAAUGUUCCACAGCAUUUUUCAAGACCCGAAGAAAAAAUACCAGCACAAGGCCGUCCAGCUUUGCCCACAACGCCUACCCUAUAUUCUACUAAAGUUACACCAGUUGAAGAACAUAUUACUCCAUCUUACGCUUUUCAGGAGGCCAACUUAAUAUAUCAAUCUUCUUCAACAAAUAUAAACAAUUGGAUUUUAGACCUACAAAAUAGUACGACUCCAAUCCCGAACAGAGUUAGCAGCGAUUAUUCUGGUUGGGGACCUACAACCCUUAUCGAAGACAAUGAUAAUAUCAUUAUAAAUGAAACUCAUAAUUUCAUAUCGAAUGAUUACCCAAAACCUGAUCAACCAUAUACUUUUUAUAGGCCAAUGCUAUCAGAAGCACCACCACCACCUCAACUUACAGUCAUGCCAUUCGUUCCAACAGCUGCUCCUACUUUCUUACCCACUACUCCACCAGAUACAGAUUACACAUACAUGACUAAUAACACAAAGCCUAUAUGGCCGAAUGAAGAAUUAGCAAACGCGACGUCUAUAGACUUACAAAAAUAUUAUGAUGAGCCAACAACACAAAAAUUGACGACGUAUUCUCCCGAAAUAGUUACCGAAACUGCUACUUAUGCAAAACCUGAAACGACUGUUUUUGAUAUGUUAAGUUCAAUGAUGUCUAUGCCUUUAGUAGAUGGGCCGGACAGACCUGAAGAUAAUCUUUAUGGGCAUGCUUCUGAACAUUUACAAGUUUUUAAAAAACAGCCUACUGAAAACAGCCUUUACAUAGAAACUAUGCAGACUAUGCAACCACCACCACCAGUUAAAAUUUCAGAAAGUACUGCUGCAUCGCAUCAAAAUAAUUUAUACCGAUUAAAAAAACCAAGUGUCCAUACACACGAUCCUUAUUUACAUAUGAGAUUUACAACUCCAAUGCCAGCAACCACAUUAACAGAUUUGUCAUCCACUGUUGAAUCCACUACACCUUCUACUCCAAUGUAUUUAAUAAUACAAGGGCAUUCAAAAGUAAAAACAUACAGUUCUAAACCUGACAUAGAAUAUAACAAAAAGAACAUUAUAAGUAACGAAAUCCCCAAGCUCAAUAGAACCAACGAAGUAAAACACCUCCAUACAGCAAAAGAACAUUAUAAAAGUGAUACAAAGAGAAAAAGUAAAUCUCAUUCUGAUUUAAAAACCUUAAUCGAAAAAGGUCUUGGUUCAAUUGAAAUACAGGAAACCGACUUGGGCAUUAAAUAUGAUGUUAGUGAUGGUAGUAAUGUACCUAUUGAAGUCUAUAAACAGGGCAUUGUAGAAAAUGAUGAAAAUGCAUAUUCUUCCAAAAACAAAGUUAUUUUAGAAAACCGUGAAAAAAGACAAAUCGACUUGGAAGAUCUUAUACCUUUUGAUGAAGAUACUAUAGAAGAGUACGUUUAUAAUUUUCUGAAUAGUAAAAAGAAUUCAACGGGUAUUACUGGAUUAUUAGCACAAGCAGUAACAAGCGAUGCGGCUGGAGUUGUGGACGAACUAGAAGACGAUGAUAACGAGAGUGACGAAGAAAGAUGAAUAAAAAAUGUUCAUAACUCAUUAGUGAAAAUUUAUUUAUAUUUAAAUAGUAAUUUGCAAGUUUCAUAUUGUCAAAAAUGGCAAAACUUUGGAGCAUUUUUCAUUACCUGUUAAUGCAAUAGUAAUUUUGCUUUCUACAGGAUAAUGGCUAAAUAAUAUUGCAACUAAAAUAUUGCGAAAAAAUUACAAGCAAAAAAAUUCAAUUGUACGUAAAUGUAAUUAUACUCGAAUUAAAUGUAGAAUGGAAUCUACUAUUAGCUAAGUGUUUAUG